CUUUAUAAAAGAAUGUUUUGUUCUCCUCCCCAACCAACGUGGGAUCUCACAGUUCAUCCCCCUUCAAAGCCCGAUGUCCUCGUUGAUACUCGUUCCCCUCUCCAAUAGAUAUGAGAUCUCACACCUUGGAACUUUAAACAUACUAUAAUAUGGAUAUUUGGUGGGGUGAGUUCAACAAAAUAUUGUAAGAAAACAGCCUGUAGAACGUUUGAAUAGGAAAAGUAACCAAUAUGGUUACUCGAGUUUCGACAAGACAUGUGAACAAGUUUGUAGCAAAAUAGAAAUAAGUCAUUCAUAAUUAACACGAAUGGUGCGACUGAAAAGAGACUAAAUUUGUAUCACUUCCCUAUUUUCUAUCUCUAACUUGAUGGACAUUUCCAUAUUCAACCACUAGUUGAAUUAACACACAUAGUAGAGCCCCCCAUGACUAGCCACCAAAUGCUCUUAUCUCCAAUCAUUUGCAUGAUAAGUUGUCGCUAAUCACCAGCUGCCAUUUGCAAGAGGUUUUGAUUGAUAACUCAUAUGCUUCUACUCCUUUACCUGCCAGCAUAGCCAUCUCAUUUGGGCUCCACCCCCCAUCUCCCCACAAUCCUUGCAAAAUUUUACUAUCUUAAUCCAUUUCACCACCAAAAUCUACCUCCAAAACAGUCGCAAGACCUUAAACUCUCCAACAAUAUCCCGUGAAGACCAGUUCCCAAUAACUUCUAGAAGUUUGACAGCUUAUUCAAGCAAGGUCAAUUUCAAAUCAACUUGGAUGAACCUUUUUCUCUCUCCUGAAACAGCCUAAAAGUUCUUCAAAACGUGAAAAACAAUAGAAAAAGAAGACUGCCAUUACGAAACAAAAUCACGUCGAGUGUCCAAAGGGGAUGCCCAGGUUUAAUUUAAUGGCUACCAAUUUCCAACGCCAAUGAACUUUCAACUUUCAACCAUGGAUAAGCGUGAGUUGGCGUUGAUGGCGGUGGAGAUACGGGGAAUGUAAAUAAGGGAUGACAAGCCACUUAUCCCGCAACCAUAUAAAAGCAAAAUAAAGGUCCAUUAAAUAUGGAGAAUGGAUGAUGCCAAUUUAAAAUUACUUUUUAGCCGGCAAAAGAUGUGACUUCAUAACCACACCAUUGAGUAAUCCUUGGCUGCCUUCACAUGCUCAAUUCGAUAUCUUAAACCCCCAAAAAAUGUUUCCCUUUUCUAUUGAGUCUCUACCUAUAUAAAUUUGUGAUGGGAAACAUAAAAUUUCAUCUAUAACCCACAUUAGACCCUUAAACAGCAUAACAAUAGAAUAGCCAUGGUUGCAUUUUCACAAACACCUUGGAGUCGUUAUAGAGUUAGAAGCAUAAGCUUACCUGCUCGAUCGCAUCCAUCCACGAUCCGGGUUGAGCAACAGCUAGCCAAGCUUAGAUCCUUGGAUUCUUCAUCUUUUUCAAGCAUUGAAGCGAUUUGCAGCAGUCUCUCCGGCUUGGUGGAGCUCUACAGAUGCAUAAACGAGGUUCUGAACCUGCCACUGCCCCAACAAGCUCUAGCCGUACUCCGAGGUGAAAUUUGGGUACAGGAACUGGUGGAUAACUCUGUUAGAUUCCUGGAUAUCUGCGACAACACGAGAGACGCUAUUUUGGUGAUAAAAGAAAGCAUUCGAGAUCUCCAAUCGGCGAUCCGGCGAAGCAAAUACGAAGAUUCCGGCGUCGAGAACAGCAUCACUUCAUAUAUCUGCUCGAGAAAGAGAAUCAAACACGAAAGCUUGAAGAAAUCGAUCACAUCGCUCAGACAAACAGAUUACACAGCCGGAGCCUCUCCUCCUCUUCAAAUAGAAAACGAAGUCACUGCGGCAGUAAUCAGAGUACUAAGAGAAGCAAGCUCCGUCACCUCCUCCAUCUUCAACUCUCUGUUAUCCUUCCUCGCCGUGCCGAUGAACAGGAGACCAAAACCUAGCCGAUGGACAUUGGUGUCGAGGCUCGUGCAGAAGGGAGCGAUCACCCGCAAUAACCACACGGAAAGAAUCAACGAAUUGGUGAACCUAGACAUGGCGAUCGACAGGCUACAGUUGGAAUCGUUAAACAGAGAUGGUGAAGCGAAAGAGAAGAUUCAAUCGAUGAUUCGAGAGAGAUUACAGGGAUUGGAUUGGAGCAUUGAAAGAAUCGAACGUGGAACAGAGGGAUUGUUCAGGGAAUUGAUUCAUACCAGAGUUUGUCUUCUGAAUAUCCUUAGUCAGUGAAGUUGAUCGCAUUGUGAUUUCCCCGCCUCGUCAAAUCCCGCGAGGAAAAUCGGGUCGGGUCGGGUCGACACCCACCCAAAAUUAUUUGU